AUGACUCUAUGCGAAAUCUGUAACUCUCUCAGCUUUGAAGAAGACAAGUCCGGUCUAAUCGGGACCCAACUGGGCGCCUUCAAAGAAAUUCAGGCGAGAGCGGCUGAUGGCUGCGACGCCUGUAGAUUCUUCAAGAAUGUGCUGCAGACUUCAAGUCGCUGGAGAACAAAACUCGACGAGCUCUCCGAACGAGUAAUCUUCCUCGAUAGUCUUCGUCUUGACGCAAGAAGACCAACCGCAAUUAAUUCCUGCGUGUACUCCGUGGAUGACCUGUGCUUGGACCUCUGUGUUUCGGAAGAUCAUGAGGGGCCCCGAGACGAGGACGUGGAUUGUGUUCGACGUAUUCCAGUCAAUUCUGAAGAUGAAAAGUGCCUUGCGCAGAUUCGAUCUUGGAGUGCCGAGUGUGCUACCCAUGACAGCUGCACAAAUGCAACUGCUGUGCCUCUGCCACAAAGAAUCAUUAAAAUCUCGCCAGAUCCGACGGUUGCGCCUUGGUUGUGCUCAUCAAAUGGUAGAUCAGGUGCCUACGUGAUUCUGAGCUACUGUUCCGAUGAUAUUCAUUCAACUCAGGAGGAACUAGGAGACAGCGAUUCUACCAUCCUGGAUGUGGAUUCACUGCCUAGGACCAUGGUAGAUGGAAUUGAUGUCGCCCGUCGAUUAGGAUAUCGAUAUCUAUGGAGUCGGACCCUCUGCAUCUCCAGAGAUGACUGGGAAAAAGACCCAGCUAAGGUAGUAUCUAUCUACGGCCAAGCAGCCCUGAUGCUUGUAGCAACAGCCGGGGAAGACGCGAGUUCAGGGCUUUUUCAUGACAGACAGGUCUACUAUUCUCCUGCACUUGGUCACCAGAAAGACAGGUACCUUCGUCAGAAGCAUCUGCGAUGGACAUCAUAUAUAGAAGAGUCAGCAGUGGCGAAACGUGGAUGGGGGAUUGUUGAAAGGAUGCUGACUCCUCGUAUUGCCCACUUCACAAAGCACCAGUUGAUCUGGGAGUGUUCAUCAGGCUUCCAAUUCGAAGCUUCCGGGAUCCUCGACAGCAAAACAGGCUCUGGACAGGCUAGACAGCACUAUGCCAAAAAGGUCGUUCAGCCGUACAUCGAUGACUUCAUUCAGGGCCGGGAUAAGGACACCAGGAGCAUUGGUAAGGGUGCAGAACAAGUGGCACGACUUGAGGCCUGGCAUCGCUGUGUCAAUGCAUAUUCAGGUGGUUCGGUCACUGUACCAUCGGACAAGCUGCUCAUCAUGGCCCCUCUUGCAUAUGUAUUUAACGACGGAACUCUGGGCGAGUACCUAGCAGGUACCUGGAGCAAAGAGAUAGCCUUCGGGCUGGCAUGGGCUCGGCCCUACUUCCUUCUACGACCAACAUCUCAGUACAGAGCACCUAGCUGGAGCUGGGCCAGUAUCGAUGGCACUGUUGACUCACUCUGUUUAUCGUGGCCAGAGGAUUUAAUGCAAGGGCAUGCCGACAAUCCAUUUUGGAUUAAAAGAUACCAACCCCGGCUGGUCUCUCACCACAUGAUACUCGCCGACCCAUCUCGCCCUCACGGGGUUCUACAAGAGGGCUCGCAUAUUGUCAUCGAGGGUUCGUGCAUUGGGGUUCAGAAGUUAACAGGGGCUUUGUUUGAUCAGGACGCGUUCCACGUUACAAUGGUCCUUGACCAGUCACAGAUGUUUGAUUGUCCGUGUUGUAGCCCCAGGCCCGAGGAGACUCAGCGGGCAGACCUCGCCGAGUUUAACAGCCAGAUUCAACACCAUGUUUGCAUGAUAGUGCAAGGAGACGCAUGGAGGGUGCAAGAAUCAUGGAGCGCUGAGCGAGGAUUCUGUGAUCUCCUGGUUCUGAAAACCACAGAGAGAGGCGAUGCUUUCGCAAGGGUUGGAUUUUUCCGGCUCCAGAAAAAAGCAGUGUGGGGCGAGGAGAAAGUUGAUUCCCAUGCUAUUUUUGAUGCUUUGCCCUGGGAAAGAAGGGAAUUGAAGCUGGUUUGA